ACACAAACACACAUGCGGAGUGAAAGCGGGGAAAGUAAGUGAUGAAGGCUUGAUGUAGAGGGCUUUGAAGCAGGAUCCCGAGCUGUUUUAAAGAGUGACAACGCCAAAGACUUGCAGAACACCCAGCCAGAAUGCUGUGCCACGUUACUCGGCCGGACUCGGUGGUGAUGGAAGUGGAAGUGGAUGCGAAGGCGAACGGAGAAGACUGUCUGAACAAGGUUUGCAGAAAGUUGGGCAUAAUCGAAGUGGACUACUUCGGGCUGCAGUUCACAGGCGGCAAAGGAGAGAGUCUCUGGCUGAACCUGAGGAAUCGUAUCUGCCAGCAGAUGGAUAACGUGACGCCCUGUCGGCUCAGGCUGCGAGUCAAGUUUUUCGUAGAGCCCCAUCUCAUCCUGCAGGAACAGACGAGACACCUGUUCUUCACGCACGUGAAGGAGGACCUGCACAACGGUCACCUGCGCAUGGGCUCGGAGCAGGCGGAGGAGCUGAGCGCACUCCUGGCACAGGCGGAGUUCGGCGACUACAACCAAAACACGGCCCAGUACUUCUACUCGGAGCUGUGUGGGGAGGAGCCGAGCGCCGCUACCAUCAGCAGCAUCACAUCUAGACACAAAGCUUUGGAAGGCUUGAGCCAGGGCUCGGUGGAGUACCAGGCCCUGCAGCUGAUCUCCUCUCUGGAGCACUACGGUGUGGAGUGGCACUGGGCCCGCGAUGCAGGCGGCCAGCGCUUGGCCAUCGGAGUCGGCCCUGAGGGCAUUGCCAUCUGUAAGGAGGAUUUCAGCCUGGUCAACAGGAUAAGUUAUCCAAUCAUCCAGAUUGCCACGCAGUCGGGGAAGAGUGUCUACCUGACCGUCACCAAGGACACCAACGACAGCCUGGUGCUUCUGUUCAAGCUGAUCAGUAACCGUGCAGCGAGUGGCCUGUACCGGGCCAUCACAGAGACCCACGCCUUCUACAGGUGCGACACGGUGACCAACGCCGUGAUGAUGCAGUACAGCAGGGACUUUAAGGGCCACUUGGCUUCACUCUUCCUCAACGAAAACAUCAACGUGGGCAAGAAGUACGUUUUCGACAUCAGACGAACCUCCAAGGAAGUGUACGACCACGCCCGGCGUGCGCUCUACAACGCCGGCGUGGCGGACCUGGUGUCCCGCUCUGAGAGCGGGCAGCGCUCCUCUCCGUCACACUGCCCCGGCAGGGACAGCCAGCACAACAAGGAGCUGGACUGCAGCAGCUGCCAGCAGAGCCGGGCCCUGCAGGAGCGCCUGCAGAAGCUCCGGGAGGCGCUCCUGUGCAUGGUGUGCUGUGAAGAGGAGAUAGAUGCAGCGUUCUGCCCCUGCGGCCACAUGGUGUGCUGCCAGAGCUGCGCGAGCCAGCUGCAGCUGUGUCCCGUGUGCCGGUCGGAUGUGGAGCACGUGCAGCACGUCUACCUGCCCACCUGCACCAGCCUGCUGAGCCUGACGUUGACAGACAACCACCAGCACCGCAGCAGCGCCCCCGCCCCCAUCCACAGAGACCCCGCCUCCCCUCACACCUGCUCCACCAUCGAGUACGAACACAAGCUGUUCCACACCUGAAGGCUCCCCAACCCCCCCACUCCCACUACGAUCACUUUAAAGCGACACCAGCCAGAGUCCACGAGGAAGGAACAUUUCUCCGCGUCCUUCCUGGGUGGGAUUUCUGGAAACUCCUGAGUUUAAUCAAAGAUCAACACACCCGAACUGCUGUCAGCUUCUGUGCGCAUAUUUUAUUUCCUUUUGGACCAUCUGUGUUUGUUUUUCUGCUUUAUUUUGUCAGAAACGUUUUAAAUAUUAUUACCAACCACAGUAUGUUUUUUUUUUUUUUUUUUUUUUUUAAAGAUUGAACUCUUGAAGUUUCUUAAAUUAUUGCAUCAGUUGACCUGAUACAGAUUUAUUCUUUUUGUCAUUUUCUCACUAGUUUUUUGUUCUUAACUAAAUGCAGUGUUUGUAUUUUAAAGGGUUUUUGCCAUUUUAGUACUUUUGGUUUGCAAAGUUAAUGUUGUGGAAGUAUUUUCUUUCACGUAAAUGCCAGUUAGGAGGUUUUUGGGGGCCAAGCAGGUCUGCUCUUGAAUGUAAGACUGCAUGCAUACAGGCAUCAAGACUGUAAUCCUGGGGUUGAAUAGGGGUCGCGGGGUGGGGGGGGGAUUAUCUCGCUGACACUCCAUCUCCGACUCUUCAGGAGUCUCGUUGAUACUAAAACUAUCCAAAAAAAUAGUCUGCUUGGCCUGCUCCACCUCACAUCCAUCUUUCUGCUCCAGGCUGUCUGUUCUGUGAGAUUUUGAAGGGUACUCAGAUGACUAAGUGCAAUACUUGCUUGCUUUUCUUUUUUUUUUUUUAAUUUUGAAGCCAAUAUGUUCUAUUUAAUUUUACCAACUUUAUUUAAACAAAAGACAUUGCCACUUUACUAGGUUUGUUUCCACGUCUGUAGGGGGUUCGGCCUUAACGUAGCGGCAACGCAUGUUUGUUAUUACAACGUUCCCCUCGGACGGUUUUUCUUCGACACAGUUGAGCUGCAGGGUAAAGAAUUUUAUUUUUCACAUUCGUGCAAGUAGAAGUUUGUUUCUGUUUUCUGAAGCAAAUGUCACUACGCUUUGUAAAAUGAGUAUUUUGUUUUUAUAAAAUCUGCUUUUAACAAAGUAUUAAUAAACUUCUUUUCAUAGAAAAUACAGAAAUCUGGGCUUUGAGAACAUUUAUUAUGCUUUUAUGGCUGAAAGCGUUCACUGGAGAGCAGAACCGGCAGAACUCCAGCGAUGCCGGUGUUCUGCCAAUUCUUGCUACCUGCCGAGAAAUGCUAUUUUGUGGUUCUGUGCAUGCGCACAGUCGAUUUUCAAAGUUUGAUUGCCACGUCCAUUUCUUGCACGAUGUAAAAUUGAUAAUAUGGGAUGUUGAGUAUUUGAUCCUUCCAAAUACACUACCCA